GGGGAUGAGGGGCGUGGCCCCGGGGAGACCCUGGGGCAGCCGAAGAUGAACUGGGACGGCACUCCAAAAAAAGGGGCAUCGCGCGAGUUGCAGCCGGAGCGAGGAGAGUUGCACCACAAUGGCUUGGCAGAAGAUGCUGUGUUCCUAUUGUCUGUUAACCGUGUGCCUCACAUGGGUCAUGGCCAAGCCCCCUCCUGACAAGAAGGAUCGUGUCCACCAUGGCAAAGACCUCAGUGACCACCCUCAUGAUGACAACCAAGACUUCCAAUACGAUCACGAAGCCUUCUUGGGCAAAGAAGAGGCCAAAACAUUUGAUCAGCUGACUCCAGAAGAGAGCAAAGAACGGCUAGGGAAAAUUGUUGAUCGAAUUGACAAGAAUGGAGAUGGCUUUGUGACUCAGCCUGAAUUGAAAGACUGGAUCAAGCACACUCAGAACCGCUAUAUCUAUGAGAACGUGAACAAGAACUGGAAGGACUACGAUAAGGACAACAAUGGGCAUAUCACCUGGGCUGAGUUCAAAAAUGCCACUUAUGGUCACUAUGAAGGAGAGGAGUUUGGUGAUAUUGAAGACAAAGACUCUUACCGGAAGAUGCUGGCCCGGGACGAGCGACGCUUCAGGGCAGCUGACAAGGAUGGGGACAUGAGCGCAACACGUGAAGAGUUCACAGCCUUCCUCCACCCUGAAGAAUUUGACUACAUGAAGGACGUUGUGGUGACGGAAACCAUUGAGGAUAUAGACAAAAAUGGGGAUGGCUUUGUUGAAGUGGAUGAGUAUCUUGGUGACAUGUAUUCUCCUCAAGAUGGAGAGCCAGAACCUAGCUGGGUGAAGACCGAACGGCAACAGUUUUUGGAGUUCCGGGACCUCAACAAAGAUGGGAAAAUGGACCGGGAAGAGAUUGGGCACUGGAUCUUGCCACCCGACUAUGACCAUGCUGAGGUGGAGUCCAAACAUCUCCUUACCCACUCAGAUGUUGAUAAGAACGAGAAAAUAACCAAGGAAGAGAUUUUGGACAAUUGGAAUAUGUUUGUGGGGAGCCAGGCAACCAACUAUGGCGAAGACUUGACAAAGGAGCAUGACGAGCUGUGAUCAAAGCAGGCGGGGGAUGUAUAUUAGGACAUCCUCCCUGAAAUGGGGGUGGGAGAAGUACACUCCAGAGGGGAAUUGCUUCCUUAUUUAUUGGUGUGAGGGCCUGCUUAAGUUUUCAAAGAAGCUAGGGUAGCUGGCAUA